CUUUGAUCGCCUCCCUCCCUCCCUCCCUCUCUCUCUCUCUCUCCACCACCACCACCACCAUGAGAUGCCGACACCGCCUUGUCGUACUCCGGCAACCAUCCUAGCGAAAGAAACAAAUAUAGGGUCGACCAUUUCUCGUCUGUAAUUUGGUUCAUGUUCUUGGUUUUACUCGUAUUCAUAACAUUUAGCCAUCUAAGUUAGAUUUCCAUGGCAGAAAGGGAUGGCGAUGCGCGGGUCCAGACCGUCAUCUGCCUCUUCUUUCUGUGCGUCGUCACGGGUGGCGUCUUCCUCUGCCUCUACAUUUUCCUUCCCGAGACCGAAUCCAACAGCUGGUUUUACCUCGCCGGCAUAGUCCUCGAGGCCAUUCCAUGGUGCUUUUGGCUUCUUGGUUAUCUCUACUCUUGUUUCCGGCCUAGACCCGCAAAUGAUCCGUCAAAAGGGUUCUCCGCUCGUGUAAAUAGCACUGCUGUGGCGCCGGUGCCAGCGCCCGUGAAUAAUCCGCAGUCACCAGCAAAAGAUUCCCCUCACAGCGAGGACAACGAUGAUGACGAGCAAAGGCGCGUCCAUUUUGGCGCUGUGAUUGUGAUGGGGAAUGAGGAGCAAAACGGACAUCAAUCAGGUGUUGAAGGGCUCAAUAAUGAUGCUCUGGGAAAUGGAGAAGACGGGGGCGAUCAUUCUCAUAGCAACACGGGGUCGACUUCAAGCACGCUGAAUGAUCACGACCUGUCGAUCGGUUCAAGGGAAAGCGAGAUGCCAUUGACUCUUGGGGCUUCCUCUUGUAAAUGAACCUUUUGUGAAGGUUAAUGUCACACAUUUCUGAUGCA